AUGGAAAGCACUUGCGUUGCUGUUAUAUUGACCUUCCUACUUAUGGUAGGCACCAAGUACUCUGUGUUGGCGGCAAUAAACGACCAUGCGACCGCUUUAAGCACAACGGAAGCCAGAGCUGUGGUUGAACCGCGAGGCGAUUGGUACAAUCAAAUUGGAUUUCCGCAGCAGUUUUUCGGAGCACAACUGGCGUGGUUCAACGUGGGAUUUUAUUUUAUGUUGGCGUUUCUGAAGAUUUUCCUGCUCAUGGGCAUAUGGCCGGUGUUCAAUGAGAAGAGUGAGGAGGUUCCUCCAAUUUAUGAUGGAUGGAGUGGAUAUGGCCAGAGUCCUGUUUACUACAGUAUUCCAUCCUGGCCCACUUACGGUUAACCUUUCAAUUGAUUAUACUAUUUUCAAAUACUGUUGUCCUAUUCUGUGAUAUAAUUAAAA